AUGAUACUUAGACAGGGUGUGGACAGUGAUCGCUUGGCUUGCAACGUCCAUAAAUGUUCUAACGUUCCACGCUGCCCGGAUUGUAAACUUAUCGCAUGUACCACCGGAUUCGAAGUAUUGUGCGCAUCGGGAGACGUUGACGCCGUAUCAAAAUCUGACCCUUUCACCAUAGAGUCACUUGGGGAUAGAGGUAUCAAUUUACAGUCAUCAUAUCAUGGUAUACAUAUAGUAAGCGAGGUGAAAAUUCAUUCACCAGCUGAUAUUUGUGGCAAAAUUGAUGCGGGUGAUGAAAUAUUGCAGAUAAACGAUGAAACUGUGGUUGGUUGGAAUAUUGGUCAAGUUGCUAAAUUAUUAUGCUCCGGUGGUAAUGCAAUCUUUAAUCAGCUUGUUUUGAUAAUAAAGAAAAGGCCAAGUGAAAUGACGCAAUCAUCGUUGUUUGCUCGUUCGCGUAAUGCAGAGUUGCAACAAAUUUUACAUCAAAAAACGCCAAAUUCUUUAUUGAAAUUCUCUUCAAAUUCGCAUAGAGCUGCUAUUUCCUUGCUUUUCGACAAUUGUGAUUUGUUGAUAAGUGAUAAGUUGUGUGUUGAAGACGCAAGAAUUAGGAGAAGGGCCUUAAGUCUGCAUUCUCAAGCUUCGAUCUUUGGACCUCUUCAAUCGGAGUUCUCAAUUUUGAAUCCAUCUGUAGUUGCUGCAACAUCGAGACGUGCAACUAUAUCUUGUGGCACUCCUCCGGCAAUCUUAUUUAACGGAAGGAAUAUAUCAGUUGACGAUUUACUUCAAGUUGAUGCGAAAGAUAUGUUAUCUAAUAUAUCUGAAACGUAUAAAAAAUUAGAUGAUUGCUGUGGUAAAAGUGCAAAUAUCAAUAUCAAUGCGCCAGAAUUAACUAUUAUAUCUCGUGAAGGACGUUUAAUGCGUCAUCAACAUCUGGGAUACGUUCGAUCUUUUAUAGACAAUCAACUAAUUGUGGAAAAUUUGAUAGACCACAUAAGUAAUGUACAGUCAAUAGAUGAGCAGCUUGUUGACAAUUUUGUGAUCUCGUUAGAGCCAGACGAAUAUGCAACUAUUGGUAUUGUUGAGGCACAUGAACUUAAUGAAAUGGAUUUGCCGAGUUCAAAUCUUAUUGACUGGGAUUCAUGCUUGGAUCUAAGGAUAACGAUUGGUUGUAAAAAUUGUGUUGAUAGCUUGUCACCAGUUUUCUUAGAAAAGGAAGUUUCAGGGUAUGGUUUCAGGAGAAGGAGUAUGUUGGAACUUCAAAUAUUUGCAAUCCAUCUUCACGUGUUUCAUGACUUUGUAGCUGCCUUCGAUGCAAUUGAUAGAGCUGCGAUUUGGAGUGUGACGCUGAGGUGUUACAGAGAAGAUCAUUCAGCUCAUAAAGGCAAUUAUCAGCGUACCGAUUAUAAUAAUAAACAUCAUGAUGAUGGGGAAAUAAUCACUGUAUCAAAGCAUAAUUUGACAGAGAGCAUAAAUUUAAAUACAUGUAAAAAAAGUGAUUGUUCUCAAAGUGUUGGUGCAAUUAAUGCACCCAUUGCCGAAUUCGAUGAAUCUGGAAGUGAUUGCAUGAGUGAUUCAGAAUCGGAAAAUCACUUUCCAUCAAUAAAUAACACUGAAAACAUAACUGCUUCAAAUGAACCAAAUCUUUUGCGUGAAAUGGCAAGAAUUCCAUACUAUAGUCUAAAUGCCAAGACGUGUGAAGGUUGGAUUCAUCGGAAACGCUUUGCUCAUGAAACAAGUUAUCGUGGAAAAUGGAUUAAAUGUUGGAUGGUACUUUGUUCAAGUGUAUUAUUUAUCUAUUCAAAUAAGUCGGCCCCUAACGCUGAUAUCAUAAUUGCCGUUGCCAAUUUCUUUGUAUCGGAUGCACCUUUUUUGAAAACAUCAAAAAAACAUUGGAUGAACAAAUUAGGUCUCGCAACAAUUUGCUACAAUCAAACAGAAGAAGAAAGGAAUAAUUCGACAAAUCUUUCAAGAUCUAUGCUUUAUAUCUCCACAUUCAGUGAAUCGACUUAUUCAUUGCUGUUUGCUGAAACUCCUCCUGUGACUCCAGCUCACUAUAUUCUUCCACGACCAAGCAAUCUCAAAUUAUCCACUCGACGACACUUUCGUGACCCACGGCAGGCAUCGAUAUCAAGUUUACGUUCUAUCGUUUCAAAUAAAGGAACUCAUUAA